CCGACGGCACCCCUCCAAGACGACAGAGGGCAUCGCCCAAAACAGCCAUUUCCUGCUCCCCUCCAGAGGCAAUACACACAGCAAGGGGUCCGAAAUUCCCCCUCGUCCUCACCCGUCGAUGCCACCGAUCAGACGAGCCUAAGCCGGAGCUCGAUGGAGCCCCGUCCAGAAGAUGGCGUCGGUCAAGUCUCUGGGCUUGCAUCCGCCCUUGGGGAUCGAAGGACAGCCUGUCGAUGGAAAGCACACAUGGGAGGUUGUCACGGACGAGGAUGGCGAGGAUGAGCUGCUGACGGUCGGCAAUUGUGUCAUCUGGAAGAGAGGAGGGCUGUUCCGCAAGAGCUUCAACCUCGAGAUCGAGAAGGACGAGCCCAUCCUGCAGGCACUGAUUACACGCUUCCCUACCACCGAUGCCGACCAUAAUGGCAAUUUCUCCAACAAGAAGAGCAUGGGCCACGCGGGUCACAAGGCACAGGCCGGAAGGAAGAGGGGCGGCCGCCGCAGCACAGAGGGCGACGAACCCCAGUUGGCCAAGGCGCUCGUCGUGUUCCUCAAGACACAGGCCCAUAUCUACUUCUUGUCCGGCACGAGCCAUAUCGUACACAUGCCAUUUGAGGUCGAGUCUGCCUGCGCUGCCCCUGUCGGCGUCAUCAUCCAGCGCAAGCCCAGGACCCAAAACCUAGCCCCCGUCAGCCUCAAGUUUCCAAGAGUCCCGCCAAAUUCAUUUGUGUCUUCCUACAUCUCGCCGUCUCGCCAGCAGAAUCAGAGCACCGCUAAUUCCUUCUCCGUGGAAGGGUUGGGCCAGCCAAAAUCACUGCCGCUUCAUCUCAAUGCCACCAUGGAGAACAUGUUCGAGACCCCGCUGGAGGCGAGUGACUCCCACUGGCCGAGGCUUGUCUGUCUGACCGACCCCUUGCUGGAGCUGGGUCUUGUUGUCAGCCAUGCGCCGUCGUCAGGCCCUCCUAACUUUCGCAGUAGCUCUGCGAAAUCACCAUUCCUCGACUUGGCGGAGGAAAUCUUGCAUAUCGAGACAGUCCGGGAAAACUUGACACUCGCCGUGACGGCAAACCGAGACCUCAACUUAUAUACAAUCUGGCAGGUUGCCUACAUAAAAAACGAGGAUGUCUUCACAAAGCACCAGAAGAGAGGAAAGGCAAAGCCAGGGCGUAGGAGAAGCUCCAUGCAGCCCAGGAUUAGCAGCGGGGCCACAACACCCAUCCUGCCCUCCUUCCGGGAGAGCUUAAAUGCCCAGGCACAGCCGCCUGCCAGGAGAAAUCGCAAGAGCGAGCGGCUGGAGAAAGCCAAGUCAGACGACAUCGCCCUGGCGCUUGGCGAGGAGAACGAAGGAGACAAGAUAAGGCGCCAGUCACGUAGGGUCAGCUCCUUGCUAGCUAGGGCAGACCUCUCGGCCUCCCACGAAAGGACCACAUUUGCUGAGCAGGCAAUUCCUUCGUCCCAUGGUGAGAGCCGUCGCAUGACUGGGGCGCGUGCCCGCCAGAGCGGAGGGCCAGGCCCCUUGAGCAUAAGCACAGCGCUUAGCAUGAACAACCUGGGCAUGGGCCUGGGCCAUCUUCUAGAAGCCCCGACACCCGACGAUCUCCUAGAUGAGCUGGGAGGUUUCCAUGAUAUGGGGCUUGAUGAUCACAGCUUUGACGGACUCACGCGAGAGAUUCUUUUGACCAAGGUCCACAGCGUCGCCAUGGACAAUUCUAAUGUGCGCUACUCACUGUCAAACCAGCCUGCUCGCGCCCAUUCAAAAGUGUUCAUUGUCGAUGGGCCGCCUUUUGCGACUGACGAAAAUGGGAACCGAGAUUUGCUUAUAUGUAUACAAGACAAGCUGGACAAGCGCCUCCAACUCCUUCCGCUCCGAAUCGAGUACCAGCAGAAGCCUGACACGUCAACGCACGAUGGUGCACGGGCGGAUGGCGGCCGUGUGAUAUCCAAGAUCACGCCUGAUGUGUUAAGACGGGCUCACAAUGUUGCUGACUCCUGCAAGGUCUUUGAUGGAGAUCAGGCUAUGAUCCUGAUCCUGUCCGAGAACACAGCCGGCCAGAGAGAGUUGAGUCUGCAAGCACCAUGGAGCGCCAUGUCGACACUUGCACUUCCCCUGUUGUACGCUGAUAACCUGGGAAGCCUGGAGUACGCCGGCACACAUGCCAAUAAGGAGGUCAAAUGUCGGCGCUCCGUUGGUGCCAAGCUGUCUGCCAGCGACAUCACCAAGAUCCGGCAUUCUAGAACAUCCGGAGUGGUUGAUCUCGAGGAUCACAGUGGCAACACCCAUCGCGUCCAGAUCCAGCUUCAGCCUAGGAGCCCCCAGGUACGCAACGUUCUUCGAACAUGCCAGAGCGUGCUACCAGUGGAAUUCUCGGAAAAGCUGCUAGCUACCUGGUGGCAAAUUGUAAAGUGGACCGAGGAACAGAACGUCGAAUCGUCUGACCCCGAAUGGUCUUGCAUGGCCAUCGAGAUUCUAAGCAUAUUUUUGUCACUGGCCCCUGAUCUGAGCGUCUCACCUUCGAGGUCUACGCAUCGUCGAGGGAGGUCGCUGGAUCCCACCUCUGGCACGUGGGAGAAAAUGAACGAUUUCACUGCCCCUAAUGCUUCACCCUGCCCGCCGUGGAUGCAAUCUCACGCGUGGCGAUGGAUGCUCGAGACAGAGAUUCCAGACCUCACGCCCACGCAGCCAUCCCCCGGCCAUGAGGACUUCCUGACAAGACACAUUCGUCUUGCGAAGCUUUUCAUGUCCUCCCCUUCAGGCCAGGCUGCCUUUGGGUCCGCCGGCUACCUUCCGACGGCCACCAGCCAACGUCCCGAAGACCGUACCAAGGCUGCGUGGGGUAUUGCGUACGGGCUGCACCUACUACUGGAGGAACAAAAGCUCGAUGUUAUGGUCUCCGAGUACUCCUCACUCGGCAGGGCAAAUGUACGGGUCCUUCUGUGUCAGAUCUACAGCUGGCUCGGGUGGCAUGAGUUUGUAGCUCUUCAUGAGUUGGGUGUGCAGGUCGACAUCAGUCCCAGCAAUCACCAUGAUUUGUCGAGCCUCGGCCUGCCAGGUCCGCCCCGCCCAGUUGGAGUUUAUGACUGGAUCCAAUCGCAACUUACAGGCCAUAAGGGUUUCGUGCUUCCGACACUCGCCGAUGUCUACAGUGCUGUCACACUCCGGCACGUCAGCGCAGAGAAUGCGCACCGCCGGUGGUCUUCGGUGAUGCCACGCACCUUUUUGCUUAAAAAGUUCCUCGCGUCAUUCUCUCCUUCAACAUCACACGUUGAGGUCGUCGAGUUGAUGCAUAGAUGCGGUUUCACUGCUGACGUGCUCGAAACGCUGCCCGAAGCGGUGCUUACACCACUGAAGGAUGCCAUUUCCAUGUGCCAAGCAAGACCACCUUCAACCUGGCCAGAGGAGCUGUUAGCGCUGGUACACCGAACCGACAUCGCCACGGUCCUCAAGCGACACCGCCCGCAGCAGAGCUUCGCAGCGAAUUUGGCGGCUCCGUCCCACAAUGCCACUCGGGAUUACAAGGCAAUAUGUGCGACACUCGAUCGAUCCGCCGGGUACGGCCACUUGCCCAACGAGUCCGCAGAGCGCCAAGCAAUAAUCCAUGCAUUAUUCAGAGAAGAUCGACGCCUCAUUGAGGCGGAGAACAUGUUAUCCACCAGACAUCACAGGACCAUCCAGUGCUUAGCUGAUCCCAAAUGGAGCGAGUCGGAGUAUUUGGAGAAGCAAAAGGAUCGUGUCACUAUUGUGGCCACCAGCACCCUCGCCAUCCCCGCAGGCCGCGGCCUGAUGCAAUUCGGAUUGCGGUUCCCGCUCCCGACGGAGAAGUACGAAGUUAUGGGCUUCAACCUCACCUGUCUGGUGAAGCCAACCAACAUCCUUGUGAACGCAAACAAGUCUCUCUUCGUAGAGGACAAGGUCAACUGGGCCUUUUUCCACCAAGGCGCCGCCGCUGGACUUCAGGUCUCGCCACAGGCCAAAGGGAUCGACAACAACUGGAUUAUAUACAACAGGCCGGGUGGCGAGCCUAGCAAUCGACAUGCCGGAUUCCUGCUCGCACUUGGCUUGAAUGGCCACCUGAGGUCCAUGGUCAAGUGGGUGGCCUUCAAGUACCUGACCACGAAGCACACGAUGACUUCCAUCGGCUUACUUCUGGGCUUAGCUGCUUCUUUCAUGGGCACCAUGGACAACCUGAUCACCAGGGUCUUGACCGUUCAUGUGACGCGUCUGUUGCCACCUGGUGCAGCCGAACUAAAUCUUUCGCAUCUCACGCAGACAGCAGGGCUUAUGGGUAUUGGCCUGGUGUACUGCCAGAGCCAACAUCGACGCAUGAGCGAGAUCAUGAUGUCAGAAAUAGAGCAUGAGGCUGACGAAGAUGAGGAAGACCCACUCCGCAAUGAAGGAUAUCGUCUUGCGGCGGGCUUCGCGCUUGGGCUAAUUAACCUGGGCAAAGGCACUGACCUUCGAGGGCUACAUGACAUGCGCUUGACUGAGAAGCUGCUGACGUUGGCGUCAACAAGCAAGAAGGUCGAACUGGUCAACGUGCUAGACCGCUCGGCCCCCGGUGCUGUUGUCGCCAUUACGCUGAUCUUCAUGAAGUCAGAGGAUCACAUUGUGGCACGCAAGGUGGACGUGCCCGAUUCGGUCCUGCAGUUCACUUAUGUCCGCCCUGACGUCCUACUCCUGCGCACCUUGGCAAAGAACCUGAUUAUGUGGAGUCAGGUCAAGCCUACGGUGGAAUGGAUCAGGUCCAGCCUGCCAAAGGAGUACCGAUGGCGACACAUGCUACAAGGCCCACGGUCAUUACGCAGCAAAGAUAUGCCUUUCUACUCCAUACUGGCGGGCCUUCUGUUCUCGAUGGGUCUGCGCUUCGCUGGCUCGGGCAACACUCAAGUCCGCGACUUGCUGGUUAAGUACCUGGACAAGUACAGGGACUUGGCGAAGCAGCAAGCCGAGAACUAUGAUGCCGAGCUGGCGCGCAACAAUGUCCAGAUGUGCCAGGACGUCGUCGCGCUGUCGGCCGCUUCCGUCAUGGCCGGCACAGGGGACCUCGAGGUUUUCAGGAGGCUGCGUUCCCUGCACGGCCGAGACGAUCCGCAAACCUCGUACGGGAGUCAUCUAGCCGCACACCUGGCCAUCGGCGCGCUGUUCCUGGGAAGCGGCACCGUCACCUUCAGCACCAGCAACCUCGCCAUCGCGUCCCUGCUGAUCGCCUUCUACCCCCUGUUCCCGUCGGGCAUCCAAGACAACAGGGCUCACCUGCAGGCAUUCAGACACUUCUGGGUCUUCGCCGCGGACUCACGGUGCCUGGUCUCCAGGGACAUGGCCACAAACCAGCCCGUCAGCGUGCCAGUCGUGAUCAAGCUGAGGACCCCGGCACCCCCGGCAUCCAACCAGUCGUCCCCGUCCAAAACAAGAGCAAAGGGCCGACAGGGGAUAUCGAGACUGAAGCAGGAGCAACCACCAGUCACCCUCCGCAGAACCACGCCGUGCCUCCUCCCGCCCCUCGAGGAGAUCUCGUCCGUCCGCACCGAGGCCGCGGCCCAGGGCUACUGGGACCUCGAGCUCGACUUUGAGCACAAGCCCGAGCUGGCGGCGGCGUUCCGCGACAGCCAGACCCUGCACCUGCGGCAGCGGCCGCUGCGCGAGGGCGUGUUCGGGGCGACGCUGCGGGCCCUGGGGCGCGAGACGUCUUCCCCCGCGGGCGCGGCGGGCAGCGACGCCAGGGACCCCCUCGAGUGGGUGUUUUCCCGGCCCGCGCUGGCGGGCCUGACGCACGCCGAGCGGGCGAUGGUGCUUGACCGGCGGGGCGUGGGCGAGGGCGGGCGCGAGGAGGCGGCCGUCACGGAGGUGGAUGCGCGGCUGGCGCUCGAGGGCGCGCUGGAUGGGUUCAGCCGGGAUGGGCUUGAGGGGCUUAGGUUGUUGUUUGGGUGGGCUGAGGCCAGGGGUGGGGAUGGUGAUGGGGUGGAUGCUGCGAAAGGUAAGGGCAAGGACAAAGAGGAGGAGGAGGAGGAGGGCGGGGGUGGUGGUGGGGAUGCUGAGGAGCGUGGGUGGUGGCUUCGGGAUAGUGUUGUUGAGAUGUUGAAGGGGAAGGCUUGGCUUGCUGCUUGUGAGGAGGGGGGCUGA